AUGGCCGAGUGUGGACUCCUUUCGGAUCGCGUCAACCCCUCUCUCUCGCCUGAGACGAGUAGUCAUCCCUCUUCGCCUUCGACUCAAGUUGCCUCGCCACCUGUGUCACCAUCUCAGCGGUUUUCUGAACUCAACGUGGAGUGGGGGUUGCUCUCCAGUCCCUUCAGCGGCUUCCAAUCCCAAUCCCAAUGGUCUCCUUGGUCUGGGGAUACCAUUUUGCAUACCAUCGGGGCGACAUCUUCUAACAGAAAUGAACCUGGAACGCUGACUGACUACCGAAAUUUAGGAAUGAUGCCUUUCCGAGAUAACAACCAUUCGCUCCCAAUAAGGAUUAUUGAGUCACACGAAAUGUUCUGCACCGCAAAUCCGCCUCACAUUCCACCAGUCCUGCGCAUUCCAGCCGCUCGGGCGAACAAUUUGGUUGAAAGAGCUCAUAAAGCGGAAAAUUUUGGACCACAACUACUGCAUAUUGCCCUGGCUGUGAGACAUAUUGUCUAUAUCAUGGCGGAAGAGAUGUACACAUACGACCAGGACAGUCCUUCCUGCUCCGACGAUAUGCUUCAGCAAGUUCUGAGAGUUCGAGAAAUAAUCACCCAAUUCGAAACGAUCAUGGGAGGAACCAAAACGGGAGAACUCGAUUCAGAUGCAAUUCAGUAUACACUGUGCACGUUCUUCGAAACCCUUACCAAGGAGCCCCUCGCAGGCAGUGAUACAAUCGCAGAGUCUCGUGGCCUCUUUGACGCUCUCCGAGAUUCUGAGAAUUUCGCGAAAUAUGACAUGGAUGACGAGUCAUCGACCAGCGAAGGACAGUCUUCGUCAUCCGAGGAUAUUGAAAUGUCCGAGGAUUGUAAGACGCAAGUUACUUCCCCCCCAAAAAUAGUGUCACGUUCAGAAAGGUUGACACCACGCCUACUCCAACUUUCCUCGCUCCGACCUCGAAGCGAACUCCCAGAAUCCGGGCUAGAUCUCAGUGCCGCCACGACACUCGAUGUUGAAAGAAACGCUCGACCGUCGCGCAAGGCGGAAGCGAGCCCACAGUUAUCAGCGAAUACGAGGCAACAAAAAGACCUUGGGUACAGCCGAGAUAUUAGCAAUAGGAUCCCCUCACUCUCUUCUCACGCCUUCUCUUCUAUCGACACGUCAAGUGCAGGCAGAUUGUGUAUGUUUUGUGGAAUCAAGCCUCGAUGGUUUGAUGCUACCACCGGCCAGGUAUUUGAUCAUUGUGGUAAUACAUGUAGAAAUGCGGCCAAAGGAAUGCCAGCAGCAGUAUCUCCAAGUUCAGCGCGCCAUCCGUCGCUGGGUGGCCUAUAUCCGUCGGUUUAUAAUGCACCACAGCUGGGACCUUACCCUUAUCCUCCUACUGAGCAAGGUCCAGAACCAAUGGGCCAAAAUCUUCCACCAUAUCCGAUUACGUAUGGUGUUAAUUCAUCAUGUGGCUCUGAGUAUCUACGAGACGCAUAUCCAAUAGGGUAUCACAUGGCCAAUCCAUAUCCUCUUCCAACCACCGCAUCGCCCAUCCAACCAAAUGGACCAAUAUGUGUCGUUCCUGGUUGCCAGAAGCCCGCUUGGUUGGCUCCGAAUGGAGUCCAUUCCUUAUUCUGUGGUAAAAGAUGUAGAGAUAAUAAUCCACACCUCCAGCAACCCGCACUGGCUGCAAAUGCAUACGGCUCUCUGAACCAUCUAGGCGCUGCAGUCGAGAAGGCAGGUUUAGGCACAAGAGCCUGUGUCAUCUGCAAGAUACGGCCGUACGAUCAAGUACGGAACAGUCUCUUCUGCUCACCGGCGUGUGUACACACCGCAGAAACGAUGGCUCCGGGGAUCAUCGAGAUACCCUCUGGUCACCCAAAAUUCAGAGAUGUCGCCAACCAGUUCGACACCAAGUGGACGCAUACAAACAUGGCGCCACAGACUGCAAAGUUCAUCUAUUUGAUCCUAAUAAACGCUGCUCAAAAUUUCUCGUACAACGCAUAUCGAGAUCGGGUCGAGCAAGAAGGUGGCUUUGCUACCAAAGGGCGGAUGCCAGGCAACGAAAGUCUAAGAUUCCAUGGCACCACCCGCGCUUGUUUACUUGGUGAUCCAGGAAACACGCAGCUCUGCUCAGACUCGACGUGUGGGCUGUGCGGUAUCAUUCGGACAUCUUUCGAUCUCAAGCUUUACAAAGGAAAGACUGGAUGGGGUCAAUUUGGUUGCGGCUUUUACACGUCUGCGACGUCGUCGAAAAGCGACUCGUAUACGAGUAACAAGAAGGCGUCGCAAUAUAAAGCCAUGCUGAUCAGCAAAGUCAUCGUCGGCAAUGGGUACAAGCUCACGAACAAUGCCACGCAGCUCACUGGCCCUCCUGCGGGGUAUCAUUCGGUCCUGGGCGAGCCAGAUACCGCAGGUGCGCUCAAUUACGACAAGCUGGUCGUAUACGACAACGACGCGAUUCGACCAGCGUACCUCGUUGUGUAUUAG